AUGGCCGUGUUCACCACCAAUGGUAUGUUCAUCCUCGAUGAAAUUCACACAGACAAGCAGAGCUUUCACAAUGUUAUCGGUGGUGGUGGGAUGUUUGCCAUGUUAGGUGCAAGUGUUAUAUGUGCUGACCCCAAGAUCUCGAAGAAACUAAAAUGGAUCGUUGAUCGGGGAUCUGACUUCCCAGACUUCGUUACGGGUCAGAUCGAUACCUGGCAAACCGGAGCUGUAUACAGGGACAACAAGUCCAGGCUGACGACAAGGGCAUGGAAUCUAUAUGGAGACAACGAUUUGAGACAGUUCAAGUACCUUUCCGAGAAGAAACGUAUUGACGUGGAGGACUGGAUUGAGGAGUUUGGACUUCAAGAGGUGUCUGAAAUUCCCAUUUUUCAUUUGCUUUGUGCCCAUGACAGAGCUAUUUCCAUUCUGGACGAGCUGCAGAAACUGGGUAGUUCCGAAAACAAGGUUUUUGUCUGGGAACCGAUCCCAGAUUUCUGCGAUGAAGCACACGCAACCCAAAUUCACCAAGUAGUCAAUCGCCAAGAUCGUAUUAUUAUCUCUCCAAAUGCGGAAGAAGGCGCGCGUCUUUUUGGCCUUAAAGAGCCGGUUUCGCUGCAGGAGUGCGUCGAGUUGCUACAAAAGUUUGACCACUUCAUCGCAGAUCAUAACAUGUGCGUCUUGCGGUGUGGGAAACUGGGGUCUCUCGCGCUGGGCACCAGAUCAUCCCAAGGCCGUAGACAAAUCGUCCAUCUUCCAGCGUAUCAUUCCCUGUCGCCAUCCAAAGUCAUAGAUCCAACGGGCGGCGGGAACACUUUCCUUGGUGGAUUCUCAUUAGGAUUUCUGUUCUCCAAAGGCGAUCUCACAAUUGCUAGUAUUUGUGGUAAUACCGCUGCAGCCGUAGCCAUAGAACAAUUGGGUGUACCGCAGCGCCAGGGCUCUAAAUGGAACGGACUUACUUUCGAAGAACGCUUGAACAACUACAUUGAACUACACAAAUUGCCAUACUCUAAAAAAUCAGUAUUGGAUACGUUGACAAGUUCAGGUUGGUAG